AUGAACUAUCAAAAAACUAUGCUUCAACAAGAGCUAAAAGCAACGAGCGAACGGUUGAAAUAUCAAAAACGACUUUCGGAACGAAGAACAUUAAACAAACAUUUUGCAAAAAACCCUAAGUUAGUGUACAGGCAAAUGAAGGGAGAUUACAACUCUGCGAAAGACAUACCUCCGAAAGAAGAUGUCGAAUCUUACUGGAAAGAGUUAUGGUCAAAGCAAGUCAUGCAUAACGAUAAAGCAGCAUGGCUUGAAACAUUGAGACAAGACUACUGCACCAAUGUCCGGCAAAAUCAGUACACCAUUGACGGACAGAUACUUAGCAAAGUCGUAAGCAAGAUGCAAAAUGGGAAAGCUCCAGGUAAUGAUCUAAUUGUAGGAUACUGGUAUAAACACUUAAUGUUUUAUAGAAAAGCGUUAAUCUAUUUGUUUGACAAUACGUAUAAUGGACGACAACAAUUACCAAGUUGGUUAACCAGAGCACGUACCCAGCUUAUUCCCAAGUCAGCAGAAACACAUCUUGCUAAGAACUAUCGACCAAUCGCUUGUCAAAAUUUAAUGUUUAAAAUGUAUACAGGCUGUAUCAAUGUUUUUCUACAAGACCACUGUGAGGUUAAUAACAUUAUAACCACCGAACAAGCUGGAGGGAAGCGUGAUGUCUGGGGUUGCGUUGAACAGUUGUUAAUCAACAAGACGGUGCUAAGCGAGGUUAAAAACAAUCGUCGCAACCUAGUCACUAUUUGGCUCGAUUAUCAAAAAGCCUUUGACUCUGUACCGCAUUCAUGGAUAAUUGAGUCUUUGCGUCUUGCUAAGGUUCCCAGGAUUAUGAUUGAUGCCAUCGAUUCACUAACAAAAACAUGGACGACAAAGGGGACAGUUUGUCAGUUCUCUUGUUUAUUUUGUCAUUAA